UUGGACCCUCUCGGCCAGCAACGAUCGAUGACAACUACGACGGUGACAACAACAACUACAACAACAACAACAACAACAACAACAGCAGCAGCAGCAGCAGUAGCAACAACAGCAGCAGCAGCAGCAGCGACGACAACAACAACAACCACAGCAGCGGCAACGGCUACGAGCAUGCAAAGCAGUACGGGCAAUAGCUGCAUGAUACAGUCGGUGACAGUUUCCGACGCCAAUACGACCACAACGAUCAAUAAUGCAGGUGUCGCUCCGAUCGGCGGACAUCUCUUGGCCAUGGGCGGCCAUGCUACGAGCGGUAGUAACACCUGCGCAAAGCAUAAGGACGGCGAUCUGGUGGCGCUCGCAACGUUCGGAAGCGUUUGCGCCUCGUUGGGUAGUCAUCAAUCUGCAGCAGGGACAAUAGAAGCCUCACAAAUGUCUCAAGUAAACGUGCCAGGCACCACUGAGGUACGCUGCCUUCCACAUCUACAAACGCCGUACAUCACUAGUAGUGGUCUAGAGGUUGGCGUGGAACUCGAAGAAUUCUCGGCACAUCGAGGGCCUGCUGCCGGCUGUGGUAUGGGUGUCAUGACAAACACAGGUAGCGGAGUUGUUGUUCAGUCUGUGCCUAUUCACUAUUUGGCGGUGACCGCUCAGACGUUAGCAGUCACUAGGACGAAGCAGGGCGCUGGUGGUUCCCUUUCGGAUGGCCACGAUAACUCGGAUCCGUCCGACCAGGCAGGUGAGCUCGAAAUAGAGCAAGAUAGCCGAAGUUCGGUGGGAGGUUUCGGCGAGGACUCAGACAACAACGUCACAGCGGCUACGUUAACGACGGCGGUGGCCGCAGCCAACAGUUUCAACCACGCCAGCGUUAAUGAUAACCAGAAUUCGAUGGGUACCUUGACAAGGCAACAUGCAGCUGCCCAGAAACAGCUACAACAGCAUCAGCAGCUUCUUGCUGGCAGCGGUUUGGGUCUACCGGUUGGAGGACUCUGUAGUCGACAUCAGGCUAUGUUCGGCCAGUUCCCUCUAGACGUCCUGCCGCAACUGGCUCCCAUGCCGUCCUUAUCGAUGGCCGGUGGCGAACCCACCGACCUCAUCUCGCUGGGCCAGAACCUGAGCCAGCCACCACCCCCCCAUCCAUCGCACCCGUCGUCCCAUCCGGGAAAACAAAAUCAGCCAGUUGGUGGUCAUACGGUGACGAUCCCCACGUCUCAAAUGGAAAUCACCAGCCUUGAUGCCGCAGCGAUGGCGGCUGCUGCAGCCGUGGGCGCUCUGACCGGAUGCUCACCUCCGCAGCAGUCGGUUCCUUUGACCCUGCAAGCGCCUAUUGAUGGAAGUGGUACCGCCACCCACACCUUGCCACGACAUCACACGCAUACUCAGCAACAGCAGCAGACACAACUCGUAAAUGGAACGCUCCGAGGAGGGACGCUACUCUACGGUCCUUCAGGCACAAUGACUGAAGUCGUGCAGGAAUCGCAUCCACCGAGAAAUUCUGUUGGCCAAACCCAGUUGCCCCCUUCGAGUGCUGUUACAAGCCAACAGCAAAACAAUAGUCAAGUUCAAAAUCAGACCCAAACUCUGUCACCAUCAAUGCAAAACCAAAUUGUUGGUCAGUUUUCUGAAGCUUACACCACAACCUCGGAGAAAUUGGGAUCGAUGAACCAAACCCAGCUGGCUGCGAUGCAGGGUCAACUGGCGAUGACCGCCCCGGUUCCGAUUCCUACCUCAACAGCAGUGCUGCAUCAUCCUCUGCAGACAAGCACAGCUCCGCCGGCCACUGGCUGUACGUGAUAGCGCCUAGGCUCAACUUAUACUACUAGCAAUAUAUGUCAGCUGUGCGAAAAACCCGAAGACUAACCGGCAAGGAAUUUACCUAUCUGCCUAUUUAGGAAAAGCCGACAAUGUCCGACCUAGAUCCCGUAUAUAGUUGUUACUCCGCGACUAUAGCAUCUAGGCUCGAUGAUCUAGUGGCUGAUUAUCCACGUUUUCCAGUUUCUGCCACUGCUAGUAAAGCACAGACAAACAAAGCAACUGAUAAACAAAAAAAAUUGAGAAAAGGAAGGCCGCAAAAGGAACUGCAGAAAUCUACCGCGCGGGUAGGUUAGCUGACAAAUUGACGUUCUCAGCUCAGCGGUGGCCCGAGCCCGCACACUUGAACCUGGCACAACGUUGAUUGUCAGCGGAAAGCAAAUAAAAGAGACGGGAAACCAAAGCACCGAUGACGUUAAUGGGCAGAUAUUUGUAGAGACGAGCAGAUGCAGAUAGACGCUAACGGCAAGUCCAGUUGGCUGGCAACAGCCGCGUUUAUAGAAAUCUUUAGUAUGAAAUGAAGGUUGGCGCAGAAACAAAUCGGCUGUCCGCUUACGGCGAACCUAUACAAGAAGCGGUACCCUGUAAGUACCAUAUAAAAGACAGCGAACAUCAUACAAGUACUAGACAUCAAUCCGACUUGUUGUAGUGUUUGGGAAGGUGAAGGUUUUAACGAAUGAACUAACGGACAGAUUUAUAUGUAAUAGAGAACUUGAUUGUAUAGUUUAAAAGAAAGGAUCGUUCCAUAGGCUACUACAGUAACAUCAUGUACAACAGAGACACCUACAUAUAUAUAAAAAAAAAAA